CUCAACCUUCCAGUUGCCGUUCUACCUUCGCUCUACCCAAGGGAACCAUGCCGACUAAGCGCGUCAAGGGCAAGAAGAAGCUCAAGUCCAUCAAGGCCAAGCAGACCGAUGCGAUGGGCAGCAAGCGCCGCUUGGCCAAGCUCGGCAAGGAGCAGCGCAAGGGCAUGCGCGGCUCUGCGGCCAACUACAUCACGCGCAGUCAGGCGCUCAAGCGGCUGCAGGUGUCGCUCAAAGACUUCCGUCGUCUGUGCAUCUUGAAGGGAAUCUACCCUCGCGAGCCCAAAAAGAAGCCCUCGGGCAAGGAUAAGACGUACUACUACCUCAAAGACGUCAUGUUCCUGGCGCACGAACCGGUUCUUGAAAAAUUCCGGGCGUUUAAAACGUUUAUGAAAAAAGUGAAAAAAGCCAUGGGCAAGAAGGACUACGAGGACGCCAAGCGCAAGCACGAGAACCGCCCUACCUACGAACUGGACCACAUCGUUAAGGAGCGUUAUCCUCGCUUUGUGGACGCUCUAGGCGAUCUGGACGACGCGCUGUGUCUCGUGCAUUUGUUCGCUUUGAUGCCUACGGGCAACGGAGUGCACGCUGAGGUCACGAGUAUGUGUCUGCGUCUUGUGCGUGAGUGGCAGAACUACAUUGUAGCCACCAGAGCGCUGACCAAGGUGUUUGUGAGCAUUAAGGGCAUCUACUACCAAGCCAACGUGCAGGGUCAGACCAUCACGUGGCUCGUGCCCCACCAGUUCACCCCUACAGUGGACAAGCGUGUGGAUGUGCGUGUCAUGCUCACAUUCCUCGAGUUCUACGAGGUUCUACUCAAGUUCGUGAACGCCCAGCUCUACAUGCAGAUCGGCGUGGCGUAUCCUCCCAAGAUCAACCUCCAGUUGGACGCUGCGGGUGCUCAGUUGGCUUCUCUUGAGCUUGAACGAGUCAAAAAAGAAGAGAAUGAAGAAGAGACGGAAGAACAAGAAGAACAAGAGCCGUCUACGGACAUUUCUCAACAGCAGAAGGAGUCCGAGAAGAGGAUCAAGACUCUCAAUGCUAUCAAACACGACAACGUUGAAGAGUACGAAGAAGAAGAAGCAACGUAUGGAGAGAUGAGCGAGCCGCUUGAAGCUGCUUUUGCCUCGAACGAGCUGGCAGCGCAGAUCUACAGCGAGAAACGCAAGGAACGCAGCGAGAAGAGCUUGUUCAGUGGCUUGACGUUCUUCCUGUCGCGUGAGGUGCCUGCUGGUUGUCUGGAGCUGGUUCUACGCUCUCACGGCGCCACGUUGGGCUGGGAUGGAGAAGGCUCUCCGUUCGACGAGAAGAGCACUCGUAUCACGCACCAUAUCAUGGACCGGCCGCACCAGGGUCAUCGCUACUUUAACCGCGAAUACGUGCAGCCGCAGUGGGUGUUUGACUCGGUGAACAACGGCAUAUUGCUGCCUUUGACGCGUUACGUGCCUGGUGCUGAGCUACCGCCUCAUCUUUCGCCGUUCGUCAAUGAUCAACAAGAAGGGUACACGCCGGAGUACAGGAAGGAGCUGGACAAGCUCAAGUCGGCGUCGCAGGUGUUGCGUGAGGUUGGAGCUGUGGGCGAUGAGGAAGCCUCGGACUCUGAAGAAGAAGACGCAGAGGAGCAGGAGGAGGCCUACGCUGCUGAUCUUAAGGCUGAGAUGGAUGGUCAGGAUAAGGAGGACAGUGAAGCGGAUAGUGACGACGAUGAAGAAGAGGAAGAGGAAGAGAAGGAAGAGAAGAGUCUUAAGCGCAAGGCUGAGCCAUCGACUGAGAAGAAGUCGAAGCGUGUUAAGAAGGAAGAGGAGGCUGCCGAGCUCAAGGAGCUGGCCAAGACGAUGAUGUCGAAGAAGGCCAAGCGUCUGUAUGACCGCAUGCAGUACGGUCUGGGCAAGAAGGCCGACAAGAUUCAGAAGCUGGAGGACAAACGUGCCAAGAUCGAAGCUGAGAAGGACAAGCCGAAAGAGGCUGAGACUGCAGCGACCAAGGAGGUCUCCAAGAAGCGCAAGCGGAAGACCAAGGCCAAGAACGCCAAUUAGACUCUUAAUUGCCAAUGUAUUCAUCUGUUUCACACUAACAUGAACCAUUUACUGCACGGAUC